AUGUUUGGGACUGGUUCCCCCACUGUUUCCGACUCAGGAUCAGACGCUGUAAAGGAGGAGAAGAAAAGUAAAAAGCGCAAGCUCAGUAGCAGCAAGAAAAGCAAGAGCAAGAAUAAACAGGUCAAGAGAUCAACGAGUGAGGACGACGAGGACAAGAAAGUAAAGUCUUCGUUUAUUGACGACAUGGCGUCCGAGAGCGACGACGGAGAAGGGGGUGGCCCUGACUCGGACAACGAGGAAGACGAAGACGAUGAUGAGGGAGAAGACCGCAACGAGUACGAGAACGACGGCUUUGUCGUGGAUGACGAGGAUGAGAAUUCUGGCGGGGAAGACACGGCUCGCUACCGUCGACGCCGACGCAAGAAAGAGAAAAAACUCAAGCGUCUGAAACAAAAGGUAGAAGAAAUUGACGACGAGGAUCUUCUGCUCGUGCGUGAAAACAUGGGCAUGGACACAGGUCCAACACGAAGCGACAGCGAGGAUGAAGAAAUGGAACGCUCGUCCGGAAAAGUCAAGAGCGAGGAUGACUCUGGACUCAUGUCGCGCGAGUUGAGCUAUCGCAUGUUUGGUGACUCGGACGAGGAAGAAGAAAACUCGGCGCCGCAACGUGCGAACAAUUAUCUCGGCAACGAUGAGUACGAAAGCGAUGAUAUUGACGAGUUCAUCGUAGACGACGACGAAGAAGGACGCGAGGGUCCGCGCCGCCGGCGGAAACAGGAACCGAUUCCAUCAUCUAUGCAGGGGCCAUCGGUAUAUCAGAUGGGAGAAGCCGAGGAGCUGUUCGGCGACAUGGACGGAUUUUUGGAGGCUACGAGCGGUAAGAUUCCUGAGGAUACCCCUGUGAAAUCGAAGAAAGCUAUUUUGCUGGAGAAAUUCGAGCCUAGUGUGUUGAAAGAGCACAUGAUGACCUCAGACGUCAUUGCUGUUCGCGACAACGAUUUACCGGAGCGGUACCAGUACAUUUACAAAAAUCGCGAUUUCCCCGAUGCAGAAGAUCGCGCUGAGGAGUCUGAGUGGAUUAGCGACUUUGUUAUUAAAACCCUUGAGCGAAGGAAUCAACGCAAUUCUGCUGCGUCGCGCGGUGAAAUUGUGUCAGCAAUUGAUACCGUCUUGCGCUUCUAUCAUGACGAGAAGCUUGAGCCGGCGUUUGUCCAGCGUUACUGCAAGGAGUAUUGGAAAGUUGUGGGCCUACAUACGGAAAACUUGUACGAAAUUCUUGAUCUCGAUAUUAAAUGGGACAAGCUGGAGCGGAAGCGGAGAUCAUUUCAGAGUGGCAUUCAGCGCGAAGUCGACUCUUCCAAUGCAAAGGAGUCGGCAUUUGUGCGCAAAUGCUACGAACAACUAUUUAGCACACCUGAUGAAAAGACGUAUAAGGAUUUAUCAGAGUUUUUUGCUCUGGAUGCACAAGAAUCGAGUGCCCAGGACAAGGAAGGUACAGCGCACAAAUAUCGUCGCCCUGUCCGCCGUACAUUCUAUCAGAUCUGUAUAAAGGCUGGAUUGCGGUCGGUGUCUCUCGCUUUUACGAUGAAUGCCUCUGUGUUAGGCGGCAUAGUGGCUGGUGUGGAGCACGAAGACUCGAUGUGUGAUGUACCUACUCCAGAAGAGAGUCCUGGUGUUCUGGCCCAAAAAUAUACGACGAAGGAGUUCCCGACUGUGGAUGAUGUGAUGAAAGGUGCUCGCCACAUUGCCGCCAGUAAAGUUGCAGCGGAGCCCAACGUCCGAAAGCGUAUUCGCGAGCUGUAUCGUCAAAACGCUGUUUUGAACACGGAGGCAACUGCUAAAGGCCGCGAAGAAGUCGACGAGUUUCAUUACUGUCACGGUUUGCAAUACAUUGAAAAGAUGCCAGUUCUUGAAGUGUUUGAGGCAGGCGAUUUAUGGCUGAAGAUUGUUCGAGCUGAAAAGGAAGGACUGCUAACAAUCACGAUCAUCAAUGAGAAGGCCCAGGACUUGAUGGAUCCGCUUGAGCCAAUCUAUAUGCUGCCAAGCAACUCGGACGAGGAGUGGCAAAGCCAGCGUCACCUUGUUCUUCAGGAGGCGAUCAACAACUUUAUGAUAUCGUCGUUCGAAAACGAGCUGAAACGCGAGUUGACGGUGGCCUCUCGCGAUAUGGUCGUCAAAAUGUGCGGAAAUGCACUGCGGGAGCGGCUAUCUGUCCGUCCGUAUGAGCCGGCCGAUGGCGUAGAUCCUUAUAUUGUUUCAAUAUGGGUUGAGAGUACUAUGGACUCGAUUGCACACAUCGUGGCUCUCGACGUGAAUGGAGAGAUGGUUGACAAGACGGAGGGAUACUGCAAGCGAGAUGUAAAUAACAUUCAGAAGUUAUCUGCUACGUUACUGAAAUUUUUGACAGAGCACGCACAAACUCAUGUAGUGGUCAUUAACGUAUCGGCCGGAAUGAAGUGUAUGGACAUGGGUGGCGUGGUUGAUGAGGUUCGGCGCUUGUUGGGUCGAGAUGAUGCUUCGCGUUUUGGAAAUGGUGAUGGGCAUGAUUUCCUUGACAUUGUGUUCUUGAAAGAUGAUGUCCCAAACAUGUUUAGCCGGUCGAAACGUGCAGAUCAGGAAUUCCCUGAGGAAACAGAGUAUGUGCGUGCUGCGAUUGGUCUGGGGCGCUAUCUCAGAAAUCCUGCAUCGGAGCUCUGUGCGAUGUGGGGGAAUGUUGCGUUGAAUGAACCCAGUCGCGGCCGCGAACUACUGUUUUUGAACGUCCACAUGAUGCAGCACUCCCUCGUUAAGGAUCUUCUGCUGAAGGAAUACGAUCGUGUGUUUGUUCAAGUGAUUAACAAAUACGGCGUUGACAUUAACCUUUUAGCUAACCACAAGCACACGUCCUAUCAGCUGCAAUUCAUUUGUGGCUUGGGUCCUGUGAAGGCAGCAUCAGUACUGGAUAAAGUUCGGGCAAAAAACUAUGUCGAGCGACGGCAGGAAUUGCUGUCAAAAAGGUUGGUUGGCAAAAUUGUGUAUCGCAAUUUUGCUGGGUUUAUCCGAAUCCGUGAGCGUGACGCAUUGCGUGAAGCUCCACUGAAUCCGCUGGAUGACACGCGUAUCCACCCGGAAAGUUAUUACAUGGCGGUCAAAAUUUGUGGUGACGCGAACAAUAACUCGACAAUCGAUAUGUACGACCCAAACCACUAUUCCUACGCAGUGGAAGACACGAUGUACCAGUCAGCGUCUGCAAUUCGAAGCCGAAAUGCCCCGCCUAACACUCGACUCGGUGAUGUAGAGAUUCAAGAUGUAUUGUCGGAGCUGGAUCUGUCUGCAUACGCUGGCCGUCUAGAGCUGCAAAAGAAGGGCCCAAAGUUGCUGACACUUGAGUACAUUAAGCGAGAGCUGCGAUACCCAUAUUUCGACAAACGUGGAAAGUAUCAGGUACCGAAGGACGAAGACCUCUUCUUCCUGCUUAACGGUGAAACGCGAGACACAAUGCGGGUUGGAAUGGUCGUGCCUGCUACAUUGCUGCAUAUGUCAGGCGAUGAGUUUGUUCGCGUUCGAUUGCAGAGUGGUAUGCGCUCAAGUUUGCAUCGUGAGCGACUACCGGACUAUUUGAUAGAUGUGCGUCCUCAGGGAUUCCCGAAGGGGAUCACAGUUAAUGCCAAGAUCUUGGCAAUCAAGGCGGAUCGUGAAGGACGCUUCGAGCUACAACUUGGCUGCAAUCGACGCUCGCUAAUUGAUAUGUCAAUGUGCUUCUAUCCAGACCGAUUUCCGCGUUAUACAAAUGAGAAGCUAGUUGAGACCGAUAGUAUGGAGCGUGUUGACCGCUUACUGAACGAACCUCCUGUGGAGGAAGACAAAGCGACGUUUAGUGAAGCUACCUCUGGUUUCGGCAGCCAUCCAUCAAAGCGUAAGAAACGACAGAUUGCGCAUCCGUUGUUCCGCAACAUUAAUUGCCAGACAGCGAUGCAGUAUUUGCGAGAACAGUCUGUCGGAGAAGUAGUUAUUCGACCUAGUACGUUGGGCACUGACCAUCUUACGCUAACGUGGAAGAUGCUGGAUAGUGUGUACCGUCAUUUCGAUAUCCUAGAAAAAGAUAAACCAUCCGACGCCCGCAUUGGUCAGACGCUGAUUGUCAAGGAAGAAAAGUACGAGAACAUCGACGAGCUGAUUGCUCGUUUUGUGGAUCCCAUGAACGUUUUGGUGGAUGAUGUGGUACAUUACAAGUACUACAAGAGCGGCUUGAAGGAAAGUGUUGAGGAGGACUUGAUCAAACAGAAGAAGGAGCACCCAUCGCGCAUUCCUUACGCCCUUCACGUGUAUAGCAAGUUUCCAGGCUGUUUUUCAAUCACGUAUAUUGCUCGUGAAACGCCUCGCAGUUGCCACUUGGAGGUUAAGUCAGGCGGCUACCGAUUUUUCGGCCGCAUUGAGUCGUCCAUCCUGCCGACGUUGUCACAGGCGCUGCAGUUUUUCAAGAUGAAGGCGCUAGUUGCUCCAGCGUCGAAAACUUCUCGUCCUACUUCAUACCAACGCAACGGAAGUAGCAGUGGGCCGUUCGCGCAACGUUCCAGUGCGUCUUACUCAGGUAGCGGGAGUCGCCCACGUCAAAGCUCGCGUUGGGAUGAUCGCCGUGGCGGCGGUUCUAGUGAUCGUCGCUGGUAA